AUGGCGUCCGCUGCGCGCGACGCGCUCUUCAAGGAGUCGCCCGACGACGUCGUCAUCACGUAUGCGCGGCGCACGCCGCUCACGCGCGGCAAGAAGGGCGGGUUCCGCGACACGUCGGCCGACGGGCUGCUGUACAAGAUGCUCAAGGCCGGCAUGGCCGAGAGCGGGGUCAAGCCCGAGAUGGUGCAGGACAUUGUGGCGGGCACGUGCCACGCGCCGUCGCCGUGCUACGAGGUGCGCGCGGCGUCGCUCGCCGCCGGCUUCCCGGAGAGCACGCCCGCCGAGGCCGUCAACCGCCUCUGCGGCUCGGGCCUUAUGGCCCUCCGCCACGUUUCGGACUCGAUCCGCGCCGGCGACAUCGACAUUGGUGUCGCUGUCGGCUACGAGUCAAUGUCGAGCAACCCCCGCCCCACGCCCGUGUUCAAGGAGGCGGCUAUCCUCGACAACGCGUCGUCGAUCGACUGUGCCAAGCCCAUGGGCUGGACAUCGGAGAUGCUCGCACUAGACUACGACAUCUCGCGCGCCAAGCAGGACGAGUAUGGGCUUCUGAGCCACAACCGUGCCGAGGCGGCGCAGAAGGCUGGGCGGUUCGACGCCGAGAUCCUCCCGAUCGAGACGACGGUCCUCGCUGACCCCGAGAAGCCGGACGGCGAGCGCACGCCGCUCACGGUCGACAAGGACGACGGGAUCCGCCACGGCCUGACGAUGGACAAGAUGGUCAAGGCCAAGCCGGCGUUCAAGGGCAUGGGCGACGAGCGGUCGACGGGCCCGAACUCGUCGCAGGUGACGGACGGCGCGGCGAUGGCCGUCCUCAUGCGCCGCUCCAAGGCUGACGAGCUCGGCCUCCCCGUCCUCGCGACGCACAAGGGCACGUCCGUCGUGGGCGUCAGCCCACGCGUCAUGGGCAUCGGGCCCGUCGAGGCCAUCCCGGCCGUGCUCAAGCGCGCCGGCAUCGAGGUCGGCGACGUCGACCUCUUCGAGAUCAACGAGGCCUUCGGGAGCAUGUACGCGUACUGCGUCGAAAAGCUCGGCCUCGACAUCGCAAAGGUCAACCCCAACGGCGGCGGCAUUGCCCUCGGCCACCCCCUCGGCGCCACCGGCGUCCGCCAGGUCGUCACGGGCGUGUCCGAGCUCCGCCGCCGCCAGAAGGAGGGCGAGGCAAAGGGCAAGCAGGUCCUCGUCACCUCCAUGUGCAUCGGCUCGGGCAUGGGUGCCGCCGGCAUCUUUGUAGUGUAA